GGCAGCUCACGUCGCCUCAUACAUGCUUCAACAAGUCACUUUCAUUCACUCGAGUCUUGUUAGUCCAAGCUUCAAAUUCACAUAGCGCCAAUCGAAUCCAUCUUGUUACAAACCAUAUAUACAAAACCACUCGUUCGAGCUUGUACUACAGUUAUUCGCCGUUUGCGAAAAGGCCCAUGAUCCACACGUGCUUCUCCUGAGCUGCCACCCUGCUCAUGCAGAACUAGCUCUACAGAUGCAGAUGCAGUUGCAGAUGACGAUACCCGAGAAUGAGCGAUGAUGCCUCGCCGAGCUCUACGGCGCCGAACGAUGCUUCUCCGGCCGAGCCCGCCAACACCUCAUCUGGCAGCCGCGUCACAUGGAAUCUGCCACGCGAGCAGUCAGGGUCGACCCGGGCUCGCGCUCAGUCGCAGUCUCAGCGUCGCAAGAAGAAGAAGAAUAGAAAGAAGCGCAAUCCUGGUUUAACGAAGAAGUUGGAGUUUGUCACACAUUUGCUCAAGAGUCUUGAUACCCUGGUUUUUGCGGAGUUAAGUGCGCUAUACUAUAUGGAAUGCUCAAUGUUUCGAUUCAUACUCAGGUCUGUUGGCCAGUACUUAUAUCUCACGCCAAAGGAUGAAUCCUUCCCUUUUCUAAUGCCUGCGAGUCCAAUACAUGUCUGCUUGGUCCUCAUCCCCAAUAUCAUCUGCAUACUCCUACAUAUUUUGGUCUCAUUACCAGUUGGACCAGAAUUUCACCGAGGCUACAUGCAUGGCGGCUUAGUCAUUGACUUUAUAGGUCAGAAGCCUCCAACCUCUCGGAUUUACUAUGUUUUGGCAGAUGUCGUGAUACUGGCCGUUCAAUGUUUGAUGUUGACGGUACACACUGAGAGAGAGAGACUAAGAGUGGUUCUCAAGACCUUCAGACCCAUGGUGCCCGACGUGGCCCAGGACACGACUCCCACGAUAGAAGACUUGGACGCUGAGGAACGUGGGGUAUCCAGGGAUAUGCCUGGCUCAUUACCAAUCGACGAGGAGGAUGGCAUUGAGUUGCAGCCCCUACAUCGCGUCAGUACAACUGAAGAGGGCAACUCGACUUCGGGAGAGUCGGAGCCAUCAUCUGCUAGAGAGCAGUCUACCGAUGAACCCACAAGAUCGAAUCUGUCCGACGUGUUGAGUUCCGGGAAUGGCAUCAUCGGCGAGUAUCAUGUUCUUCACUCGCUCCAUAAUGCGGCGUUGAAUAUAGAAAGAACAGCUGCAUAUUCUCUACGCACAAUUGGCUACGGGGCAACCAUGGCUUCUAUUGAGGCAAGGAGGCGGGCCACCCUCAAUGUGCCAGCUCGAGCAGCUCAAAAUGAUAGACAGUAAUAGCAUAAAGGUUUGAAUCAUUGUUUUUUAUCAGGGUCCAGCGAUAUUUUUAUGAUAGGUUCAUAGAGUCACAAAUGAUGAAUUUCACACAAGAGGAGACCUCUCAACUCUUAGUAUACAAAAAUAAAUAGCCUAAAGAGUAUAGUCUAAGUAGCAUACAUUGACCUACUAAUUUCGUCUCUUAUGCUUCUAGCACCCAAUUUUUCUGAUACCCUGGGUGAGGCCCAUGACCAAGGAGAACAGCCAACUGAAUCUUCGAUUUGCGAAAUUUGAACAGAAAUGUAUUACUUUUGGCUUUUACGCUAUCUUUCUUCCAAC